CCCCUUCCGCCCUCCCCUCCCCCAAACCAAGCCCGCUCAAGUCCACCCUCUGGACGGCUCUGAGCGGGGGGACGUCCCUGCCCUGCGACCCCCGCACCGCGGCCGUCAUUCGCCCGAGCAGCCCGCGCCCUCGCGCUCCCGCAGCCGGCAGUCCGGGAGACCCUAACCCGGGGACCGCCGGGGCGCUCUCCUGGCGGCCGCAGGUCCCUGGGGGCGGACAGCUGCCUCGACGUCGGCAGGCGCGGUGGUCGCCAAGACGGAGAGCGUCUGGGCCUGCACGAACGCCUCCUGGCACCUGCUGGGCCAAGUGCUGUCCCGGACACUGGGGACGCGGUGGUCAGGAGGCCCGGGCCCUGCGGGCAAGGCCUUGCGCCGGCCAACCGCGGAGAAGAGCACAACCAGCAGGUCCACGAGGGGACCCUCCCUUCAGUUCCGCUCUCCCUCCGCCUCAGCCACCCCUACUUCGGGCAAGAGCCCCCGCGGCGGCGACCCCGCCCCUUCCGCUCUGGAGACCAGCCAAUGAGACCUCGAGGCCGAGACUCGGGACCAGCCAGAGGGCGGCACACUCACGUGUUUGCGGCCCAGCCCCUUCCGCCUCGGGACACUGGCCAAUGAGGGCGAGAAAUCAUCUCCAGGGGGCGGGUCUGCUAACGGAAAGGGGCGGGGUUCCGUGGCCAGCUCGGGCCGCGUGCUCCCCACCACACAAGUGGGUCGCGGACCACCACGCGAGGAGCGCAGGCGGUGCUUGAGAUGGCUGAUUCUGACCCUGGAGAAAGAAACUAUGACAACAUGCUGAAAAUGCUGUCAGACCUGAAUAAAGACUUGGAAAAGCUACUGGAAGAGAUGGAGAAAAUCUCAGUGCAAGCCACGUGGAUGGCCUACGACAUGGUGGUGAUGCGCACCAACCCCUCGCUGGCAGAGUCCAUGCGCCGGCUGGAGGACGCCUUCCUCAACUGCAAGGAGGAGAUGGAGAAGAACUGGCAGGAGCUGCUCACUGAGACCAAGCAUAAACAGUAGGCCCCUCGCCCGCCGCGGCCCCACGCUGCCCUCGCCGCCGCGGAGAAGCCCCUGAGGCGCCGAGCCUUCUCUGCUGGCAGAGGAACAGCGACCAGAAUAGACAGCUGUGUGAACCGUACUUGUUUCUCAAUAAACUUAUU